UGAGUGUGACUCCGACAAGGUAACAGCGAAAGAGGGCAACUCCGGCAUGUUUGUCUACAUCGCACUCGUGGCCACCCUGGUCGGGUUGGCCCAUGGCCAAUGCAGCGUCAACAUCCGGACGAACCUGAACGCACUGGAACCGCUGUUCCUGCGCAACAACCAGCUGUGGGCUCCGUCGGGACCAGCCCUCCAAUGGAACGCUGGGGAAUCCACGUUGAUCGCUUGUCCGGGCAAUACGAUUACGAAUACCGGCACGGAGACGGCCACGAUUCAGUGUGUCUCGGGCACCACGUUCAGUUUGGGAGGAUCCAACGUGAACAUUGCCAACGUGGCAUGCUCGGCACGCUCGACGGGCCAUCACCAGAACACCGGGCAGAGCUGUGGUGGCGCCGGCACUCUGCUCAACCUAGGCUUCCAGGUACCGAACGCGGGCUUCGUGACGUACAUCCAGUCAUGCUACAACAUGCAAACGGCCUCGGUAAUCUACACCCGCCACGUCGUUCCCGGUGAAGCCAUUAACCACGCCAUCCAGGAGUCCUAUCGGCCAUCGUUCAAAGUGGCCGGAGCUGCGUCGCACGUGUCGCCAGCCACCUCCUACACUACCGCCCAGCAGGCCAUUCGCCUCGCGCACCUUUUGGGAUCCCAGGCACAGGCGGACCGCUACAUCACCAGUAGCUCGUACAUGUCCCGUGGACACCUGGCACCGGAUGCGGAUGGUAUCUUCCGGAUGUGGCAGUGGGCUACCUACUUCUACGUCAACGUAGCGCCCCAGUGGCAGGCAACGAACGGUGGCAACUGGUUGGUGGUAGAGAACGCGGCCCGUACCGUGUCGGGUCGGUUGGCGGAGGAUGUGCUGAUCUUCAACGGUGCCCACGACAUUCUGACGCUAACGCACACGAACGGACAGCAGGUCCCGAUCACGCUAGAAGACGGUGGCAUUCAGGUGCCCAAGUGGUACUGGAAGAUCAUCAAGUCGCCCCGCACCGACGCAGCGAUCGCGCUGAUCAACAACAACGAUCCGUUCCGGACGAGCAUCUCGGCCGGAGAGCUGCUGUGCCAGGAUGUGUGCGCCCAAUACGGGUGGAGUAACGCGAACUACGGCAACUUUGCCCGCGGGUACACCUACUGCUGUACCGUGGCGGCCCUACGCGCGGCCAUCCCGACCAUCCCGGCAGAAGCCUCCGCAGGAAACGUUUUGCCACUGAUGUAUGCCUACGUCGCACUUGUGGCCACCCUGUUCGGACUGGCCCACGGAAGAUGCAGCGUCAAUAUCCGGACGAAUCUGAACGCACAGGAACCACUGUUUUUGCGCUCCAACAAGGAACUGUGGUACCCUUCCGGAGCAGCCCUUCAGUGGAAUGUUGGCGAGUCGACGUGGAUCGCUUGCCCGGGCAACAAGAUUGUGAAUACCGGUACGGCAAUCGCCAUGAUUCAGUGCGUUUCGGGCACGAAGUUCAAGCUGGGGGGCUCUAUGGUGGACAUUGCCACCGUAGCCUGUUCAACACGGUCGACGGGUCAGGUACAGAAGACGAGCUUAAGCUGUGCCGGUUCCGGCACUCUGUUCAACAUUGGAUUCCAGAUACCGAGCGUUGGGUUUGUGACGUACAUUCAGUCGUGCUACAACCUGCAGACAGCCUCGGUGAUCUACACACGCCACGUGAUCCCCGGUGCUGCCAUUAAUUACGCCAUCCAGGAGUCCUAUCGGCCAUCGUUCAAGUCGACCGGGGCCGCUCGGCAGGUGAAGCCAGCAUCAUCGUACACCACCGCCCAGCAGGCGACGCGUUUCGCACAGCUACUGGGGUCUCAGGCACAAGCAAACCGGUUCAUCAACAGCAGGUCAUUCUUGUCCCGAGGACACCUGGCUCCGGACGCGGACGGUGUUUUCAGGCAGUGGCAGUGGGCUACCUAGUUUUACGUCAAUGUGGCCCCACAGUGGCAGGCAACGAACGCUGGCAACUGGCUGACGGUGGAGAAUGCCGCCCGUACCGUGGCCGCUCGGUUGGCGGAGGAUGUGCUGAUCUUCGACGGUGUCCACGAUGUUCUUACGCUACCGCAUGCCCAAGGGCACCGGGUUCCGAUAACGCUAGAAGCCGGUGGCAUUCAGGUGCCCAAGUGGUACUGGAAGAUCAUCAAAUCGCCACGCAACAAUGCAGCCAUCGCUUUGGUGACCAACAACGACCCGUUCCGAAUGAGCAUCUCGCCCGGGGAAAUGCUUUGCCACGAUGUGUGCGCUCAGUAUGGAUGGGAUAAUGGGAGCUAUAGGAACUUUGCCCGCGGGUUCACGUACUGUUGCACGGUGGCGGCCCUUCGCAGAGCUAUACCGAGUAUUCCGGUAGAGGCUUUUGCUGCUAAUGUCCUACAGUUCAACGUGGCAAGGAGAUUUUAAAGAGCGUUCGUGAAGAACGUAAAAUAAAGGGCAACAAUGGGC